AUGAAUAUGUCAACUGAUUUUGUUCACGCAGAAUUUGCAAUGGUUACAGGUAGGGCAAUAAUAUUUGGGUUACUGUGAGAAUUCCAACUUUGAUUUUGUUUUUUCAGCAACAUUCAAAUUUAAAAAAAAAUUACCACUUUUUGAAAUUAUUUUUAAGAUUUGGAAAGCUGGUUUGAUUCAGAUUUUAUUUUCCAAUAAUUUUCCGUUACCUUUCAUUCAGAAACUUCAAUCUAUUUUUUCGACUUUUAUUUUUUAUAUCAACAUAGAUAUGCAAAUCUAAUGAAAUCAUUCCAUGUGUAAUCUAGUUGACAAUUUUUGAGUUCUAAUGACAACUCAAAGAUUUGUAUCAUUCUAUUUUUAAAGUGCAAAAAUCUAUGAUACUUUUUUAUGACAAGAAAUUCUGAUGUUCUUUGAUUUUGUCAUGCCCUUUCUAGAAUUCUACAAUUCUAGAACCCCUCGUAAAAAUCUAAUUCUAGACGUUGUACUCGCAAUUAACCCGACUAGCCAGUCAUAAGGCAAGACUAACAAAGUGAAUAAAAAUGGGCGUGGCAAAGGUUUUUCCAAAAGAAAAUAAUAAAUUGAAUAACUCCCCUUCCGAAAAAAAACUCACCUGGUUUUGAUUAUCUUACGCCCCGAUUAUGUCGCUAUUUUAUUCGGAUUCAGACUUGACUUCUUCGGCACAUAUGGGCGAUUUUCAAGUUGAUUAUGGACAGACACUUUUUAUGUGUAUACUGUAUAUUGUUAUAGGUUAGUUUGAGAACGAGAUAAUUUUCAAAAAUGAAAAAAAAAUUAAUCGGAUUUUUUAAAUUUCACGUUAAAAAUAAUAUUGGUUUGUUUUUCAAAAGAUUAGAACACCGUAGUAAAAAUUUUCAGAAACUGAAUAGUAUGAACUUCGUUUAGGUUGUUACCAAAGAACAUGUAUUUUAAUGAAUCUCUAUUCAUUUACACAAAAUGGUUUUUAGAUUUUGUACAGAAUUUACUCGAAUACAAAAAUCCACUGUGUUCAGAUUUUCUUUCUCUAUUUCUUUAGAAAACAAGAAAACAAAAAACAAUCAACACUGAGUUUUUAAUUAUUUUUUGAUCAUCUUCAUUCUGAUUAUUCAGAUUGUAUACUUCGAGUUUCAAUUUUACCAAUUUAUAGUUUUCCAGUCUAGCACAAACUUUGUCUAGUUUAAAACCAAAGUACUUUCAAAUCUAAGCACAUUUAUUUUUAUUCAACAACGUGAUUAAAUUCAAUGAAUUUUCAAAGAUAUUCAUGUUUCUAUUGAAACUUUCUCAAUCAAUUUCUAUUCAUCUAUUUUUGAAGUUGCAACGUCAAACUUUCCCACUGAAAAACUUGAUAACAAGAACCCAGAGUUGCACUGUGUUCAAACUUUAUUUUUGGAAAACAAGAAAACAACAACACUUUGAAAAUAAAUAUAGAUUUCUCAAAAUACCGUAGCCGCAAAGAAAAUGUUACAGGUUCAAUUUCGAUGCUUUGCAGUUUAACAACAAUCACUCUGUAUUUAUCGAGUCGAGAAUUGAGAAAGAAAUAUAUAUUUUAUGUGGUUCUUGAUUUUUGUGAAUUUUUAGAUGGUUUGUUGUUUUCGUUCUUCCGAAAAAUUUGUUAAUCCUUCUCGAAUUAUUUUUUUAGCUGUGAGUUAUGUUUUACUUGGAAUUGGUCGAGGUUAUGGUUUGAUUGCUGGUUUCAUUGGAACGAAAAUUACAGUUCAUGAUUGUUUUUAUACAAAAUAUUGGCCGCAUUUAUUAAUUCUUGGCACUGAACUUCCCUCAAUUUGCACACUUUUUCUAUCAUUUGAAAGAAUUUUGGCUGUCACAAAACCGGCGUUGUAUAAAAGAGGAUGUACACAAAAUUUCAAAUAUUCCUUAAUUUCAAUGGUUCCUGUAUUUGGAAUCUUGACAAUAAUCGCUGCGGGACUUUCAGUUUCUGGUGAAGCUGGAGAAAGAGUUGUUGGAACUCAACAUUGUGCAAUUAUAACAAGUACAGGAAAAUAUUAUGCAACAUUUCAUUUUAUAUUUAUUGUUGCUUCUCCGAUUGUUUCAUUUGUUUCAACACUUACUGUUUGGUCAACCCAAAGGGUAUGGAAGGUUAUUUGAAAACUAUUCUCUAUUUUGUAUUUAUUCCAAUUUGUUUACAGAAUUUGGCAAAGUCAAAAUAUGGCUCACAAGAUAAUCAUUUGGGAAUGAUUUUAGCAAUGUCUGGCACAUCAAUAUUACUUUUAGCGUCACCGGCUAUUGUGAUGUUAACAAUUCGAUGGGAUAUUAAAGAUUGGGGUGAUAUUCAAGUUGCGAUAACUUAUGCAAUGCCAGGGUUAGUAUAAGCAUGUGAGAACUAAAAUAGAAUUCAAUGGUUUUCAGAUGUCUCUCAAUUGUUAACACAAUAAUUGCGUUCAAAUUCCGGAAAGAACUACGACUUCAACUUUUACAUUUAUUGGGUUUAGGGUGAAUAAUUUUCUUUUAUUUUAUAGUCAUUUCCAAUAUAUUUUUCAGAUCAAAACCUCAUCAUCAAAUCGAGCAUUCAAUGUUUACCCGAGCUUCUUCUCACUUCUCAAGUAGAUCUAGAGGUGGAUUGACAAAUGUACAAAAUAUUUAA